CAACGUUGCUGCAGGAGUGAUUAGCGUUUGGCUCACGUGUAAAUAUACCUAAAAUUCCAAGAUGAAGAUGAACAAAUUGAUUACAUCUUCUCGCCGAAAGAACAGAAAGAGGCAUUUUAAUGCUCCAUCUCACAGAAGAAGAAUUAUUAUGAGUUCUCCAUUAUCGAAAGAAUUACGUCAAAAAUAUGGUGUUCGCAGCGUACCGAUCAGAAAAGAUGAUGAGGUUCAAGUUGUUAGAGGCCAUUAUAAAGGGCAGCAAGUAGGAAAAAUAGUCCAGGUUUACAGGAAAAAAUAUGUCGUCUAUAUCGAAAGAAUCCAGCGAGAAAAAGCAAAUGGGGCUUCUGUACAUGUUGGAAUACAUCCAUCGAAGGUAGUUAUAGUAAAACUGAAGAUGGAUAGAGAUAGAAAACAGCUACUUGAUCGUCGAGCGAAGGGCAAGCAGCUAGCAGAGAAAGGGAAAGGCAAACAUACAGAGGAAUCUGUUGUGAUGGAAACGUGAACUUUGUAAGUAA